AAUUUGUUAGUAAAAAAAGGGUGCUAAGAUCUCACCUAUGCAAUUGCAAUCUGCUGCUUUUUUAUUCCUAUUUGUUUGUUUUCUGGGUUUGCGCCAAUUCUCUGACGAAAGCUAAACUCUGAAAGUCUUCUCUUUCACGCCUUUCAAUCCGUUUUUCUCUUUCGUCAUCUAGGGUUCUACACCAUUUUCUACCAAAAGUCUAACUAAAGGGCCCUUUUUCCUCGCUUUUUCCUUAUCCUUCACUCCUCUCACUUUUUCUUCCCCAUUCUCUCUCUCUCUCUCUCCCUCGCCAUGAAUUCUGAUUGCGACGGAUAGCGUAAGCUUGUUUUCUGCCGAUGAUGAGGUUUUGAGUUCGUAGGAUACCGUGUUUAGCAUCUUUAUGAUUGCUCAAGGUAACAUUGAAUCAUCACUUUGGAGGUUUCGUUUCACCCUUUCAGUGCUAAUGUCGUGCUGGGUUUUGUUCUCUUCUGAUUUGGGAACUAGGGUUUUAUUACAUUUUGGUUAGUUUAUUAUUUCAUUCCCUAUUCUUGGGUUGAAGGAGUUGCGAUGGAAGAGGUAGAAAGGGCAAAUAGUGCCGCGGUUGAAAGUUGUUAUAGAGUGAUUCAUCUCUUGUCCCAGCCCCAAAUUCAGAAUCAUUACAGAAAUCUCUCAGAUCAAACAGGGGAUGCUGUAAACAAGUUCAAAAAAGUUGUGUCUCUCCUUAAUUCUAGUAGUGGUCAUGCUAGAGUGAGGAAAUUCAAGAAAAUUCAACCUCCACUCCCCCAAAAUAUAUUCUUAGAGAAUCCAAUGACUAGAACAGAGGAUCAACAUCCAAAACCGCUUUCGCUUAUUCAAAUUAAUCCUUUAGAGAGUAAUCCGCUUCAAGAGCAUGGUUCCACCAUAAAGAGUGCACUCACAUUGGCAUCCCCUUCUUUGGAAUUGAACUCACUCGCGAAGAAUCUACCUCAAUUUGCGCAGCAAGCGGCGGAUUAUCAUCUUCUCCAGCAGCAAAAGCAGCGGAGGAUUCAGCUCCAGCAGCAGCAGCAGGCUGAGGUGAUGUAUCGCUGCAACAGUAGUGGCAUUAGCCUAAAUUUCGAUGGUUCUACCUGCACUCCGACCAUGUCAUCUUCUAGGUCAUUUAUUUCUUCGUUGAGCGUAGAUGCUAGUGUUGCGAAUAUGGAUGGGAGCGCGUUCCAUUUGAUUGGUUCGUCGCGCUCUGCAGAUCAAGGCUCCUAUCAUCACAAGAGAAGGUGCUCUGGGAGGGGAGAUGAUGGAAGUGUGAAAUGUGGGGGCAGUGGUAGGUGUCGUUGCUCAAAGAAGAGGAAAAACAAGAUUAAAAGGUCCAUCAAGGUACCCGCUAUAAGUACUAAGUUAGCUGAUAUCCCACCUGAUGAAUACUCGUGGAGGAAGUAUGGUCAGAAACCUAUCAAGGGAUCUCCUCAUCCGAGGGGGUACUAUAAAUGUAGCAGCAUGAGAGGCUGUCCUGCUAGGAAACAUGUUGAGAGAUGCUUGGAAGAUUCCUCGAUGCUAAUUGUGACUUAUGAAGGUGAGCAUAACCACCCAAAUUUACCUUCACAGUCGGCUAACACUUGAAUUUUACCAGAAAAAAAGGGUCAAGAUUGUAAUUGUGUACAUAUGCGGGUUGAAGCUUUGGCUGGUACAUAUACAUGGUGUUAAAUUGUGGUUUAGACCAUUAGUUUCGAAGCCUUGCUGUCCAAAUGUUUAGAUGAAGCAAAACAAGUGUUGAGCUGGAAUGAGAAAAUCCCCUCGUAUUGCGCGACUCAUUUACUUUCUUAA